GGAAGCUUGGUACGCGAUUUGCAUUAACCUUAGCUCUGACACAAACGGCCAGCGAUUGUCGUUCUUCAUGAACUCUGAUACGAACGACAUCAAUGAUGCCACGAAAGUCAGGACCUUGCUUGAGCAACUCCGAUCAUCCGAGGCAUGGCAAGCAACGAUAGCUAAUCCAACCCAGCCCAAGCCACCGUCUUCUUGCUCCUCUGAGGCUCCAUCAUCGGCCACGCGGGGACAGGAAUCAGUCUCUUCACAUUCCUCGACGUCGCCUAUUCCUUCUGUGGCCUCUCUGCUUUCUCAGUUGACCUCCACCGAUUCCCGACAUCAUGCGUCAACGUCUGCUCCUUUCUCGGCGUCUGCUGAUGUCCCCUCCGGCUGGCCUUCAUUAGAUGCUGAAGCCAGCUUUCAUCCGUACAUUCCGCCUGCCACCGUUGAUAGAGGCUCACAGGGAGACGUUAAGACACUGACUUUCCAGCAAGCUCUCCCCAUUUUAACGAAAUUGGGAGAAGAUCCUGCCUUUAUCUUGUCUCUCAAGCAACUGAAAGAAAAGCAGAAUCAGUUAGAACGACGCCUAUGGGAUGAGCGACAAGCCAUUGAGAAGAAAUACCAAGAUAAGGUCGCCGUCACGCAAAGAAAGACCGAGUUGAUCGGCGGUGGUGGUGUCUCCAAGCAUGAUGCCGAAAUGCUCAACUCUGCGUAUCGCAUGGAGCUAAAAAGGUUUGAGGAGGAACGGAUCGUCAACGCUUGGGACAGUCUCGUCGCCGAGCAACAGUUCACCCUAGAAGCUGCUGGUGUGCCAACGAUAUUCGGAACAGACUCGAAGACCGAGCUAGAAAAGCAAAGGAACGUUAUGCAGGUUCUUGAUGCUCUCAUCGGAUGACACACAGGCUGACAAGGCUUCGAACGCCUUGCCCACGGUUUUGGUGUUUGUCUGGGAGUGUUCUUCUCGUGGCUACUGCGCACGUCCUGCACGCAUGCUUGGUUUCUGUCUGCCGUAAUCUACCCACGCAGCUCUUUGUGAUACAGCAGCUUCGUGAUCACUUGUUUUGGUCUCAAGACUCCGCAGUAAGCCGUGUUAUUAGCUACAGCAGUUGUUACGAACAUAUUGACCGUG